CGCGCGGCCUGGAGGGCCCCUUCCGACCGUCGCCUCAGUUGUGGUCCUGUUUGGGUGUUGUUGUUAUUUUUUUUCCUGGGUGCGCCCGCUCGAAUUCCUGAGGGAGGCGCUUUCCCCAACCCACGCCCCGCCUCGCUCUGCCUCUCAGGGCUGCUGGACACCCCUUGGAGCGCUCCUUGAGGUUACAACUCCCAUCUCCCCCCACCUCAGCCAGGGCCGAGGAAGAGGAGACCCUCCCCUCCCCCUCCUCUGAGGCGGCGGCCCCCAAUAUGGCGGCGGCCAAGGAGGAGGGGCCAGGACCGCGCGCCAGAUUUGAAGACAAGGCUGAAGGAGUUUUCAGUAACAUAGCAGAAAAACGCGGUGACCUCGUCCAUAAAGAAAUGUCUGAGAAAACGGUCCACAAUCUAACCCCUGCUUUCGACAGCAUACCCUACAGAAUGCAGAACCGAACAGGAUCUACAAAUUCUUUGCUGGAUGAUAGUGAUUACUUCCUGAACUCUGGGGAUCUUACAGGAAUUCCAGUUGUUGGGAGUGACAACGAGGAUGAACAGCCCUUUGCUCCAAAGGAUGGUCUGCCUUCUGCCAUUCGCCCCGAGGAUACCCGGGGAGAGGUGCGGAGGGUUCGGGAUCAUGCAGUGGACAAUGAGAAAGACACACAGAUGCAAAAUGUGAUCCAGAAGGAUCUCUCUCCGCCUUUUGACAAAGGAUCCUCUGUAUUUAAGUCCAUUCGGAAAGAUUUUAGCAUAACCAGAGAUGAUGGUAAAGAGACCUUUUUGACAAAGGAGAAAGCCAGAGACGGACCUUUUCAGGAGCGUGACAAACGCUUGGAAAAAAUACCCAAGGAGUUGGAUUCCAGAUUGAAAAGUAGCUUCCUCGAUAAAUCAGUUCCUAAUCAAGUAGAAGAUACAUUGCGGACACAGUUAGCACCACAAACUCCAGAAACAAACUUCAGGGAGUCUAGCUACUUGUUUGCUAAUAAGGAAUCUGUUGGUCAAGAACUAGGGAAUUCAUAUGCGCCAAAUAUUAGAAUCAAGGAAGAACCUUUGGACAAUGACUAUGACAAAGCUAUGGCACCUCAGCAAGGGCUGCUGAACAAAAUUAAGGAUGAACCAGAUAAUACUGAGGAAUAUGGUCAGCAGCCAAAAACUCAGGAAGGUGAACUGAAGAUCAGCGCUGUGUUUUCAGUCAGUGGCAGCCCUCUUGCUCCACAGCUGACUUCAGGGUUCCCACCAAAUGCACCAUCUUCUGGCAUGAACAAACUGCUUCCUUCCGUCCCAAGUGCAGCCGUUCGAGUUUCCUGUUCAGGAUGUAAGAAAAUCCUGCAGAAGGGGCAAACAGCCUAUCAGCGGAAAGGCUCCACUCAGCUCUUCUGUUCUACACUGUGCCUCACAGGAUAUACUGUACCAGCCACCCGGCCACCAACUUCUACCAAGAAAACCUGUUCCAGCUGCUCUAAGGACAUUUUGAAUCCAAAGGAUGUGAUUACUGCCCAGUUUGAUAAUACAAACUCCAGCAAGGAUUUCUGCAGCCAGUCGUGUCUUUCCAUGUAUGAGCUGAAAAGGAAGCCUGUUGUUACCAUCCACACGAACAGUAUUUCCACCAAGUGCAGCAUGUGCCAGAAGAAUGCGGUGAUUCGGCAUGAAGUGAAUUACCAGAACGUUGUGCACAAGCUCUGCAGUGAUGCCUGCUUUUCCAAGUUCCGCUCAGCAAACAACCUGACCAUGAACUGCUGUGAAAACUGUGGUGGUUACUGCUACAGUGCCUCAGGCCAGUGCCACAUGCUUCAGAUAGAGGGGCAGUCCAAAAAGUUCUGCAGCUCAGCGUGUGUCACUGCGUACAAGCAGAAGUCUGCAAAAAUCACUCCCUGUGCACUGUGUAAAUCUCUGAGGUCUUCAGCUGAGAUGAUUGAAAGCACAAAUAACGUGGGGAAGACGGAGCUCUUCUGUUCCGUGAACUGCCUAUCAGCACACAGAGUUAAAAUGGUCACAUCUUCAGGUGUCCAGGUUCAGUGUAACAGCUGUAAGAUCUCAGCCAUCCCUCAGUAUCAUCUAGCUAUGUCUGAUGGGAGCAUACGCAAUUUUUGCAGCUAUAGCUGUGUCGUAGCUUUUCAGAACUUGUUCAACAAGCCCGCAGGAAUGAACUCCUCAGUGGUCCCCUUGUCACAGGGCCAAGUGAUCGUCAGCAUCCCAUCAGGGGCAACAGUUUCAGCUGCAGGCAGCACUACCUCAACGGUUUCCCCGAGCUCCGUCAGCAGUUCGGCGGCAGCCGGUCUCCAGAGGCUUGCCGCUCAGUCGCAGCAAGUCACCUUCACCCGCACUGUCGUCAAGCUCAAGUGUCAACACUGUAACCGCCUGUUCGCAACCAAGCCUGAAUUGCUUGAUUACAGGGGCAAAAUGUUUCAGUUCUGUGGUAAGACCUGCUGUGAUGAUUACAAGAAGAUAAACUGUGUUAUGUCCAUGUGCGAAUACUGCAAGAUUGAGAAGAUUAUCAAAGAGACGGUGCGGUUCUCAGGCAUUGACAAGUCGUUCUGUAGCGAGGGCUGCAAGCUACUGUAUAAGCACGACUUAGCCAAACGUUGGGGGAACCACUGUAAGAUGUGUAGCUACUGUUUGCAGACAUCUCCCAAGCUGGUUCAGAAUCACUUUGGGGGCAAGGUGGAAGAGUUCUGUUCAGAAGACUGCAUGUCGAAGUUCACGGUUCUGUUUUAUCAAAUGUCCAAAUGUGAUGGAUGCAAAAGGCAGGGUAAACUCAGUGAGUCCUUGAAAUGGAGGGGAGAAGUCAAGCAUUUUUGCAACCUGCUCUGCAUUCUAAUGUACUGCAACCAGCAAUGUGCAUCGGAUCCGCCGCCCCCGCCGCCGCCGCCGCCCCCACCGCCGCCGCCCCCACCUCAGAACAAUACAGCAAACCUUCCCAUGACACCAACAUCCUCAGCAGGGCCCCCUCCGUCUCUCAGGAAGGAUUCCACUCCUGUCAUUGCAAAUGUAGUCUCCCUUGCCAGUGCUCCUGCGGCUCAGCCCACAGCCAAUUCCAACAACGUUUUGCAAGGUGCUGUUCCUACUGUAACAGCAAAAAUCAUUGGAGAUGCAAGUACCCAGACAGAUGCUUUGAAGCUGCCCCCCUCACAGCCUCCCCGGCUCCUCAAGAAUAAAGCCCUGCUGUGUAAGCCCAUCACACAGACCAAGGCCACAUCCUGCAAACCGCACACACAGCAUAAGGAAUGCCAAACAGAAGAAGAAGACGACGUUCCACCCAAAAUCAUCAUGGUGCCUGUUCCUGUACCAGUAUUUGUGCCGCUCCCGCUUCACCUUUUCACCCAGUACACGCCAGUUCCACUGGGAAUGCCAGUACCUGUCCCAGUUCCUAUGUUCAUCCCACCGGUCCCGGAGAACAGUGGCAAGGCAGUAGAAACCAUUCCAGAUGUCAAGGAGAAGAAUUCUGCCAAUCCUUUUGAGGCGGAUCUCCUACAGAUGGCGGAAAUGAUCGCUGAGGAUGAGAAGGACAAGGAACACUCCCAAGGAGGCUCUCAAACUUCUGAGCAUGAACUGUUCCUGGACCCCAAGAUAUUUGAAAAAGACCAAGGCAGCACAUACAGUGGGGACUUGGAAUCCGAAGCAGUAUCAACUCCUCACAGCUGGGAGGAUGAGCUGAACCACUAUGCCUUACGCUCAAGUACGGUGCCCGAGCCUGAGCCCGAACCGAGGCAGUUCUCCAAAGGGGAACUGGAGCAGGACCUGGAGGCCGACUUCCCUUCAGACUCCUUUGACCCAGUCAGCAAAGGGCUAGGUCUUCACUCACGUGCACGAGCAAGACGGAGACACAGAGAUGGUUUUCCACAGCCAAAAAGAAGGGGGAGGAAGAAGUCCAUAGUCUCCGUGGAACCCCGGAUGCUUGUGCAGAGCUCCUACCCAGGCUGUUCCGUUUCCGGGAUGAGUCUCAAGUACAUGUAUGGGGUGAAUGCCUGGAAGAACUGGGUCCAAUGGAAGAAUGCACAGGACGACCAAGGAGACCUGAAAUUCGGAGUUCGGCCUGUGAAGCUCAAAGAGGAUAUCCUCUCUUGUUCUUUUUCUGAGCUGAGUUUUGGCUUGUGCCAGUUUAUCCAGGAGGUGCGGCGACCAAAUGGGGAAAAGUAUGAUCCUGACAGCAUCUUAUACCUGUGCCUUGGAAUUCAGCAGUACCUAUUUGAGAAUGGUAGAAUAGAUAACAUUUUUACCGAGCCCUACUCCAGGUUUAUGAUUGAACUUACGAAACUGUUGAAGAUCUGGGAGCCAACAAUACUUCCAAGUGGGUACAUGUUCUCCAGAAUUGAAGAGGAGCACUUAUGGGAGUGCAAGCAGCUGGGCGCCUACUCCCCCAUUGUCCUCCUGAACACGCUGCUCUUCUUCAACACCAAAUAUUUCCAGCUCAAGAAUGUCAGUGAGCACAUGAAGCUCUCUUUUGCCCACGUCAUGCGACGCACCCGGACCCUGAAGUACAACACCAAGCUGACUUAUUUACGUUUCUUCCCUCCUUUUCAAAAGCAGGAGGUAGAAUCAGAUAAAUUAGUGGGCAAAAGAAAACGCCACGAGGGCGAAGAGGUCCCAACAGCAGUGGAGAUGGUCGAGAACACUGACAACCCCUUGAGAUGCCCCGUCCGGCUCUACGAAUUCUACUUGUCCAAGUGUUCCGAAAGUGUGAAACAGAGAAGUGACGUCUUUUACCUCCAGCCAGAGCGUUCGUGUGUCCCCAAUAGCCCCAUGUGGUAUUCCACUAUGCCAAUAGAUCCUGGGACUUUGGACAUCAUGUUAACGCGUAUCCUUAUGGUAAGGGAGGUGCACGAAGAACUUGCCAAAGUCAAACCAGAGGACUCUGAUCCUGAGCUUUCAGACUAAAGUUGGGCAAAGGGGGAGCUAUCUCUUUUUUUGUUUUUUGUUUGUUUUUUGUUUCCUUCCCUUCCCAACACACCUUGCAAAAGCACCAAACUGUGAAUGCAUCCAGCCUUUGGAAAAUACUCUCUCUCUCGUGUCAUACCCACCCUCAGAAGGCACAGCGUGAACUGCAACAGUUUGCAAAACAAGAAUUGAAGGAAACAAAGUGACAGGAGCUGCAAGAAAAGGGAGCGCUCAGUGGCUGCGACUGAUCCUGACAACACUCAGAAUGGACUCGAGACCCAUUUCUUCACCCUCCUUUGCAAGGUGGUGCUUGUAGUGGGAUAAAGACCAAUUAUGAAUUUUUUUGAAAGAAACCUGUUGCGUACAUUUUUCCCUCCUAACCAUGGAAGCCAAGAAGCUAGAUUAAACCCCUGGGUGCUUUUGCAUUGUAGCUGCUGCCCACAUUUAUGUGGGGUUUCCUAACACUUGCCAUAGGAUGCAGAGCAGAACGUAGUUAGGUGGAAACAAAUGGAAAUGCCAUCUGUAACAUACACACCAGUUCCCCUUCCUUGCCCUUUCCCCUUUUAUACUUAAAAAAAAAAACACCUCAGAUUGGACAUUCAGUAAGUCUGUUUUAGCCAGAAGUUGGGGCAAUGGACUCAGCCGUUGGACAGGAAAACUUGGUGGGAUGCUGUGAAAUUUCCUCUUGUUUGAAACACUGGCUCUGUUGGCAUCCCUUACUGGGCAGCGGAGUGAGGCCAAAACUCCUUGCAAAUUGCUUUGUGAUGAAAAAGUAAUUCCAGAGUGUCGGUGAAUCCACACACCUGUGCCCUCCCAACACAGACAAACAGGGUUCGGCACAGGAUCGCCCCUUCUUCUCCCCUUGCGCCCGCCCGCCCACCCCACCCACUAGAUUGAUAUCAAAUGCUAAGAUGCCCAGAAAUGGUUCCAGAGGAAAUGUGUCUCCCUCCCCUUGUCUCUUCAGUUUCUUCUUAAAUCUGUUGCGGUGGCGGCUUCUCCACUGUGUCUCUACUGUAAUUCUUGUUUUUUCAAUGUUCUGUAGGAAUGAGCCUUUUGGAGCCUUAGACGAUUAUUAUUAGUUUUUAAUUUUCCCACCUUCAUUAAAAAAACAAAACAAAAAUGCCCAACUGCAUCGUAAUCCUUGGGUAGGGUCAUUGGUCUGUUUGUUCAUUUUGCCACUUUCAUUCAAAUAGCCAUGCAAAAAAUAAGGCCUGAAUUUGAAAGAGAAGUUGGGUGCAUCUGCCCUCUGCCCUCCCUCUCCAGAAGUGGUCCUUCUACUUUACCCAAAAUGCAAGGUGCUUUCCCCUAUCUAGGUCAAAUCCUUCUCACCAUGCGUCUCCAAUUUAAGACUUUUUCUCAGUCUUGCAGGUCACUUUGAAAAUCCACACUAUUUUUUAAAAGCAGAAAAAUUGUGUAUCUUUUUAUUGGCAGUUUUGUCCAGUCUUCAAAUUUCUAAAAUGGAAUUCUGGCUUCUUUUUUUUAAACCUUCUGGUUGAUCUCUCCAGUGCUGAACAAAACCUCCUUUGUGUGUGUGUGUUUGUGGUAUUCUUUUUAACAGUAAGGAAGGUAACAACAAUAAAACGAGAACGUAGUCUUCUCUCAUUUUUGCUGUUGUGUACUUGAUUGUCCUGUCCCCUGCCUGUAAUGAAGUUCACUGGUGUAUUUUUGAAAUACAGAAAAUUGUGUGAAAUAAGUUUGUUUAACGCACCUA